UAGGUAUUGUACGACUGUGACCUAAAGGGGCAAUGCACGUUUUAUGGUCAGAUCCGAAUAUACUCACACGGAUCGUGUAAUCCAGCUGUUAAAAAUAACGACAUAAAAAUAAAAACAUUUUGAAGUUGAAGGUGCAUGUUUUAAUUUGAGUCUGAAUCCAGGGUUUAUGUUCACUCCUCUUGUGUCAUCAAGUUCAGACUGGGUUUGAAUUUAUUGGACAAACAAGCAACGGAGCUGUUGCUGAGUGAUUCUCGGUUCAAAUAACACCACGACGAGGCGAGACCAGUCACGACAACCGCUAAUUGCCAACAUAAUGACAAGACAGGACUGAGGUCCAGGCCUGAAGAGCAGUGGUUGUGGGAUACUUUUCUCCAGCCAGGCUAAUGUUCUCUCCUGAUCAAGAAAACAUCUCCGCCUCCACCAAAGUGCCUGUCAAGUACGGGGAACUCAUUGUACUGGGAUACAAUGGUUCUCUACCAAAUGGAGACAGAGGCAGACGGAAAAGUCGAUUUGGUUUAUGCAAAAGACCAAAAGCCAAUGGGGUAAAGCCUAGCACCGUGCAUGUUGCCUGCACACCUCAGGCAGCUAAGGCGAUCAGCAACAAGGACCAGCACAGUAUCUCUUACACAUUGUCUCGAGCUCAGACUGUGGUUGUGGAGUACACACAUGACAGCAAUACAGAUAUGUUUCAGAUUGGCCGCUCGACUGAGGGUCCCAUCGAUUUUGUAGUGACGGACACAGUCCCAGGUAGCCAGAGCAACGCAGACACGCAGUCUGUUCAGAGCACCAUCUCUAGAUUUGCCUGCCGAAUCAUCUGUGAAAGAAACCCUCCCUACACCGCCCGGAUCUACGCAGCCGGAUUUGACUCUUCAAAGAAUAUCUUCCUUGGAGAAAAGGCUGCCAAGUGGAAGACAUCAGACUCCCAGAUGGACGGGCUGACUACAAAUGGAGUCCUUGUUAUGCAUCCCCGGAACGGCUUCACAGAGGACUCCAAACCAGGAGUGUGGAGGGAGAUCUCUGUGUGUGGGAAUGUGUUUACUCUGCGAGAGACCAGAUCAGCACAGCAGAGGGGGAAAAUGGUGGAAAAUGAAACCAAUGAGCUGGUGGACGGCUCCCUGGUUGACCUGUGUGGGGCGGCACUGCUGUGGCGCACGGCGGAGGGACUGGCACACACUCCCACAGUGAAGCACCUAGAGGCCCUGCGGCAGGAGAUCAAUGCAGCCCGGCCUCAGUGCCCCGUGGGCUUCAACACACUGGCCUUUCCCAGCAUGAAGAGGAAGGACGUGGUGGAUGAGAAGCAGCCCUGGGUCUACCUCAACUGCGGCCACGUGCACGGCUACCAUAACUGGGGCAACAAGGAGGAGCGCGACAGCAAGGAGCGCGAGUGCCCCAUGUGCCGCUCCCGUGGGCCCUACGUUCCGCUGUGGCUGGGAUGCGAGGCUGGCUUCUACGUGGACGCGGGGCCCCCGACACACGCUUUCAGCCUAUGUGGCCACGUGUGCUCAGAAAAGACUGUCACCUAUUGGUCCCAAAUCCCACUGCCUCACGGAACUCAUACUUUUCACGCAGCGUGCCCUUUCUGUGCACAGCAGCUGACCGGAGAGCAAGGCUACAUUAGACUUAUAUUCCAAGGACCUGUGGAUUAGAGUUGCUUCUUGUUGUUGUUGUUGUUGUUGUUGUUGUUGUGUUAUUCCUCUAACUAUUGUUCUAAUGAGAGCUUAUUCAAAAUAAGCUAUUUUCAAGUUUUUGGGUUUUGUUUUGGUUUUUUUUGGGGACUCCUCAGUUUUAAUUGCUCUGUAUGGAGUGCAGUUUCUGGUUUUAAGAAAAAAAAAAAACUUUUUGGUCGGUAUAUUUUCAUCAAAAACAAACUCGCAUACAUUUGACACAAGUCCCUUUUUUGUGCGGGGAAUGAAAAUGAACUGUUUUAUAAUGUAGAAGAAUCGUGAAAAAAGAAAAAAGGCACUACCACUGCCUUGAAGUUUUGUGAUUUUAUUAUUAUUAUUUUUUUAUGUAAAGGUAUCCUGGACACAAACUAUUUAUGCCUAAUAAAUACAGAUACCACUUCAAGAUGCAAACUAUAUUAGUUUAUAGGAAACAAUUUGCAUAACUAUUUCUUAACAACUCAUUAUAUUGUGUAACAUGUUUAACUUGAAUAUUAACUUUUUUUCUUUCUUUUUUUUAUUAAAUAGAAGUGUAAAAAAAAAAAAAAAAAAAAAAAAAAGAUCAAGAUAUGUUUUGGGGUAAGGUAAUGUGUGUCCGUUUUGUUAUUACCUUGUAGGUUUGAUGUUAAGGGUUGUUUUCAGCAGUUACUCUUAAGUGUAGUCCAGACACACAAAAAAUAGAUUUUAUAAACAGUGUUUUCAAGAGGUACAUUUCUGUUUAAUACAUCGUGUGUCCUAUUUUCCCAGUUGCAUUACCAUGAUUUUAUUUAAUGAAAUGCAUUCACACCAUAGCAUUCCCUGACUGACUCGUAACACCUCCACUUUCAAAAUUGUGGGAUUUCAGCAUGAUAGUAAAUGCAUCGCAGUUCAGUGCAUUUACCAAUGUGCUGAAGCACUCUCGAUAUGACCCUUGGACUCUGAAAGGACCAGGAUAGACAACCACUUUUCCCCUCCCUUAGAAAUGCAUAAUGCACAGUUUUGUGUCAGAUGUUAAAAGGUGUCUUUGGGGUCUGGUUUUCAGAGCCACUGUGCUCGGUCUCAGGUUGAUUGUAGUCUGUUAGAGAAAUGCUGUAAAAGUGCUCAGUAAUGGGCUUUAACAAAUAGGUGAACUUUUAGAACCUUGACCAUUUAUUGGCAAGUUGGCUAGGCUAAUGUCAUGUAUAUGGAUUUUUUUAUUUUUAUUGUUACUUGCAUAGCAUUAUUAUGUCAUCUCAGGGACAAGUCACAUCUUUGGAUAUUGAUGUUUUAAAAAUAGUAUGUCGGAUGACAGAACCUUAUUACAAAUAUGAUCCAGUACUAAAUAAUGUAUUUAAGAUAUUGGCUUUUCAAAUGAGCAUGGAUUGAGUUGUUCAAAGGAGAGCUUUUUAAUAAUGUGCUCACUGCAUGGUCUGUGCAUCCACAGCAUUAUUUCAAAUUCUGUUCCACUGUGUUCUGAGUUUCCCAGACACUUUAAAACAGUUUUGUACUAACUUUUUAAACAAUAAAGUUUAAAACAAACAAAAAAAAA